AUGUUAAAAGUAUUUAUAUUGUCUGCACUCAUAGCCUAUUGUAAGGCUGGCGGCGGAGGAGGUUAUGGAGGUAGCAGUGGUGGUGGAGGUUAUGGCGGCGGUGGACGCGGUGGUGGUGGAGGUGGUUAUGGAGGAGGCGGAGGAGGACAUGGAGGCGGCGGUUUCGGUGGCGGCGGAGGAUUUGGAGGCGGUGGUGGAGGAGGAGGUGGCGGCGGCGGUGUAGUCCAAGCGGCCAUCAUUUCGCGUCAUAGCAUCGAUUUCAGGGAUGUUCCGUCAUCGGGAUCCGUGAACCCGACAACCAUUGAAGUCGGAUCAUCGGCCGUACCCCUGAACAUACUGUUCCGAUCGUCGUCGUCGAACAUCAACGUACAACAGGCUCACGAAGGAGGCGGCGGCGGUACUCAACAGAGUCAGUCGGAGGAUGAACCCCAUCGACUCAUACACGAAGUAUCCAAACCGAUCAUCCAAGAGGUUCGGGAAGUGAUUACACCGUACAGACGUAUUGUCCAGGAGAUCAAUCCCGUCCAGGAAGACAUCCAGACUAUUGUCGCCCGAGGAACGGGUGGCGGUGUUGGUGUCGGAGGCGGCGGCGGUGGCGGCGGAGGAUUUGGUGGCGGUUUUGGAGGCGGUUUCGGUGGCGGCAAAGGUGGCGGCGGAGGCGGUUAUGGCGGCAGUAGUGGCGGAAAAAUUAUGGGCGGAGGCGGCGGCGGCUAUGGAGGCGGCGGUGGCGGCGGUGGACGAAAAGCCUACUAA